AUGAUCUUAAACGAAGCGAGUGAGGACCGGGCAGCAGCCCUGCGCGGAGGGGACAAUGCCUUCGGUCAUCACAGGAGCUGCCGCGUGCACGGGCCGGUCCUCUGCCUGAACCUUCCCCAUCAGAGCGCCAGACAGCCCUAUGCCACGCUUGCUCCUGACCCUGCCUGGCCUCCCUGCCUCCGUGGGAUGCACGAUCCGGCCAGUGGCCCCCGUCCGCUCCCUUCUGUGCCGCCUGAUGCCCUGAAGCUGGGAGUGAUGACCUCUGUGAUGGGUGAGAGGCAGUUCCGGCUGGGCCGGCCACCGAGCCAGAACAACCUCGGAAAUGGGCUUCCAGUCUUCACCAAGUGCCGCCACUGUGAUCACAGCUUCGAGGCUGUGUCCACCUCCGGGGCCACCUCCUCUGCUUGCUUCCUCCAUCUCUCCAGGCUGAGCCUGCCCAAGGGGUGCCCAAGGCAGCAGGCAGCCGCCUGCCUGGGGCAACGGGUGUACCAUGACUUCCUGCUCUUCCCGUGGGAUCCGCAGCCUCCAGACACAUGCCCUGUGCCCAGUAAAGGAAUCUCUAAACAGUAA